GUCACGACGUCAGCGGGAGGGAGUAUUAUGGGCUGGCGGUGAGGCACCAGCUGAAGGGAGGUUGAAGCGUUCGCUUUUUUUUCACUGUUGCGCCCGAGAGUCGGCGAGCGGAUAUUAUGGAGCUGUCUGCUGUGGGGGAGAGGGUUUUCGCUGCCGAAUCCCUCCUCAAGCGUCGCAUCAGGAAAGGUCGAGUCGAGUACCUGGUGAAAUGGAAGGGCUGGUCUCCCAAGUACAGUACGUGGGAGCCAGAAGAAAAUAUCCUGGACGCCCGUCUGAUAUCAGCCUUUGACGAGAGGGAACGAGAAAGGGAAAUGUAUGGGCCAAAAAAGCGUGGACCCAAACCUAAAACGUUCCUGCUAAAGGCGAAAGCGAAGACGUACGCCUUCCGCAGUGAUGUGGCGAGGAGUCUGAGGAUGACCUACCCAGGCAGAUCGGGUCAAGAAUCCGGCUUUUCCUCCACCAGAUCCAGAGAAGGUCUCCGGAGAGAUCCCGCCGCGACUUUGCAGCAUAGCACGCUGCCCAGGGGCGAGACGUCUAAAGACCGGAACACCAGGGUCGAGGAGAUUUCCAGAACUCACCAGAAAACGGAGUCUCACAAACACAGAGGAGAGAGUGGUGCAAGGAAGAAGCCAGCGAGGCACACCAAAGUGGACUACAAAAACAACCGGACCUUGCGCGCUUGCUCCCCCAAAAUGAGUGCACCGAGUGAACUUGAAGGAGGGAUGCCGACAUAUCCUCACUUUAAACGGAGAAAAUCUGAGGAUCUUGAUUCCGGGAGCGACGAGCUGGAAGAGAAAGUGGAAAGCGGACUACUGCACUUCAGUGGUAGACAGGAAGCAAAGCUGGGCGGUGCGGCCAGAACACACCUAAAUCGCGCUUCGCUGGGCUACAGCGACAACAAAUACGGUGCAGACUCUCACACUCUUCGGACUAAACAGGCCAUGGAAAGUACAAUCUCUAAGAGUGAGCCGGGGGUGGAUGCCUCUGCACUUAAAAGCAAGCACUUAGCCGAGGACACGGUGUCGAGGAAUAGUGUGUGUGUGUCCCGAUUUCUGUCAGAACCGGAGGAGUCCUGGAGCCCCUCACUGAACAAUUUGGAGAAAGUGGUGGUCACGGAUGUCACGUCAAACUUUCUGACCGUUACCAUCAAAGAAAGCAGCACGGAUGAAGGGUUCUUCAAAGAAAAAGUUUAAAAACUUAUCGACUGUUUUUUUUUCAGUCAGUGUCACUGAAUUGUUGGGAAAAUGACAUUGUUCUUUUUGGAAUGGGUUGUAUAUAGUUUCCAUUUAGCGGAUAAAGCAAAUUUUGGAUGUUUAAAAACGAAGUGCCGUUUUCUUAGGCCUGUGUUGUAGGCUGUAUUUCGGUUGCAGUAAUUUAAAAAAAAACACUUUUAUUAAACGCUUAAAGAGGCUAAAGUCAAACAGUCAACGUUUGACGCUUGAUUUUUGCCCGAAGUGGGGUGACAUUUGGGGUGGGCGGGGAUAAUGUUGCGAUUUGAUGGGUGAGGACCAAUCGCUCACCUGAACAAACUGCCAAUCAACAUACUCUACCAAUCAACACACUCCACCAACACAGAUGGAGUAUUUGUCUUAAUUUGGGCCAUUUCAUUUGUGGAUCGCAUCCUAUUUGGAGGAAGCCUUGGACCCCACAUGAACUAUUUUCUGGCUAAAGUUGUAAGAUAGCAGCAAGUGAUUUCAGAAUUGACUGCAGUGAAUGAGUUGACUUGUUUUGGAUUCUGGGGACACCUUUUUAUUACUAGGUUCAAAAUACCAAGAGAUGUUCUUAAUCUAAAUGCAGUUUUUAUAUAUAAUGCUGCUGAUUGCACUUUUCAUUUCUUUAAACUGUAAUUAAAUGUUACUGAGCGGGGUACUGUGUGUUCAGUAGAGCAGAGGGCAGUACUGUAUUCCAACUUUUGACUGAAAACAUUUGAGCAUGAUAAUAUUCCCUAGUGCACACAGGAAUUCUUGUGAUACAGUACUGUCACGCGUGUCUGGAAAGUUAAUGUUUUCCAAUCUCUUUGAAGUGACAAAGUUUUAACUUCUGGAGGGAAUUGCUUUCACUUUCUUUUGCCCUCGGGUGCCAGUCUCUUUGGGUGGACCACGACUCAAGCAUGGGUGGAGCACACGUGGUAUACGCUCAGUGCCAACUUCAUUAUGUGCACCUACUUGUUAAUGCAGAGUUCUAAUCAGCCAAUCAUGCAGCAGCAUCUCAAUGCAUGAAAGCACGCAGACAUGGCCAAGAGGUUCGGUUGUUCAGACUGAACGUCAGAAUGGGGAUGAACUGUGGCUAAGUAGCUUUGACUGCGGAACGAUCAUUGGUGCCGUAUGGGGUGGUUUGAGUAUCUCUGAAGCUGAUAACCUCCUGGGGUUUUUCAUGCACAACAGUAUCUAUAGUUGAGAGUGAAUGAUGCAAAAGAAAAUCUAGUGAGUGGCAGUUCUGUGGUCCAAAUGCCUUGUUAAUUAAUGAGAGAGGUCAGAGGAGAAGGUUUGAACAGGAAGGUGUCACAAGCUACAAUGGUGGUGUGCAGGAGAAGGUGUCUGAAUGCACAACAUAUGGAAAGUUGAAGUGGACGGGUCGCAGCAGCCGGAGUCCCCAUUGAUUGGCGAGGACCAGUCACUCACCCGAGCAAUAAAGUGACCACUGAGUGUAUAUUCAACUUUAGGCACUAUACAGAGCAAAUGCUUUGUAUUAUUGUUCUUAUCAUUGACACCUUGUCAGGGGGAGAUGUGGGUGUCUUUUAAUGAGUAAUCAGAGAAACUCCUAUAAUUGUCAUUGGGCAUCCCCACCAAUAAACCAGUCAGUAACCAUCUCAUUAGAUUAAUGCUCUUUGGGAGACUAUUGCAGUAGAUUUAACUUUACAAUCAAAAGCUGGUAUGGGCAAAUCGACACUAGCAUAUAUUUAUUGUGUUCCAUUUGGUUUAUUUUACGAAAGGAAAUCAGAAUAAAGUCAAAUUAAUUCUUUAGGGGUGAUAUGUUUGUCAUCGUUCCAUAGUACUAGCAUCCACAACUGAUGGUUUAUAGGGAUUAAGCCAUAGUAACAGUAGCUUGUAACAUUUUUAAAAAAGAAAAUCAUAAUAUUUCCAACAAUGCAAAGAAAGUGAACUUUUCUCCUCUUCUUAGAGAUUUUGUACUACAGCUGUGGCUGGAGCCAUUCAGUUUAGAAUUCAAUUCUUCUAAGUGGUCUCCUUGUAAAGGUGUGUGUACACACACUGCAAUGAUAGCAGUAUUGUGCUCAUUUGAAAUUUGAUUGCAACAAGCCAAUCCAAAUCUGCCACUGGUUCCCACUGCAACAAUAAUCUUAUGCGUUGGACCAGAAGUGCUGUGUGUGUGUGUGUGGUGUGUGUGUGUGUGUGUGUGUGUGUGUGUGUGUGUGUGUGUGUGUGUGUGUGUUGUCUUUGGAAAAUGUGACUGAACUCUUCAGAAAUGGAGGGGCUUUGCCUGUCAGGAUUUCAGUCAACAUUUGAAAAAUCUAGUCCUUUGUCAAAGUACAUCUUGCUUUAAACUCCUGAUGUUCACUUUUCGUUUGCACCAUGUAUGAUAUUUUUGCCAACUAGUUUUGUGUAAUAAUUUCUUUAAAGCUAACUUUGUCACUUUGAAGUGGGAAGGAAAAAAAUGGAUGAAAUGACACCAGUGUUUGAUCACUUUAAUCACACAACUGUGGCCAAUCCUUAAGUAUGGCAUCAAUAUUUAGAUGAUGGAAACCAUUGUGAGUUCAUUCGUUGGGUCAGUCUUCACAAGAUUUAGGAAUUUAUAUAAAGAAUAUUAACUCAUGUUGAACCCAUUAACUUUACUCUACAUGUCCAUGCCUUCAGAAUACUGAGGGCCUGGUGUAGCCAAUAAAGAUUUAUACUUCCUAAAAUAUAAACACUUGCCAAAAUUUACCAAAGGAAAAGACCUAAUUAAAGGAACGGAGUUAGACUUACAAAAUCGGGCGGAUGGUAAUGGAAAUAAAUAUUUACUAGUUGUACAGCUUAGGUGAAUUAUCAAUGGACACUGCUGGAUGCGUUCGAAAGUGCGGCUACCUAAAAUUCCAGUGUGCGCCUGCAUAUGUCACGACGAUACAGGAUGUUUUGUAUUUGACAUUAGCUUAAUGUGUUCUCAAUUGGACAUUGAAUGUCUUGGACUAUUAAAACUUGAAGACGCAGAGCCUGUUGCUGAAUGUAAUGUAAAUUAGCUUGUGCAGGCUGUCCUAAUGGGCUCUCGGUGUUGUCAGAACAUGUGGAAAUUGUAUAAUAUCCAGAAAGACUUUUCCCCUAAAUGAAACUAGCCAUUAAGGUCUUGGUGAAACAUUGUAGAUUUGCCCUACAAAAGGGAGAAGAACAUUAACGUAUCGGCAGUGGCUUCAAAAUUCUUUGAACCAUUUGGCGUUUCUAAACGUAAUCAUGACUAAAUUUCAACCUCGUGUAAUUUUCUGUAAAUAUUAUUCAGAUGUCAAACAUUUUGUUUAGAAUACAAAAAAAGAAUGUAUGCUAUUAUAAUUAAAUAUUUUAUGUAUUCCGUAUAAUGGACAGCGUUUAAUACUGUACAUUGCACUUAAAACUAUUGUUUCGAUAUUUGACUAUAAAUGUUCUUUGCGAAAGAUUAAAGUAACCGUUUUA